GAUUAUACGAUAAUUCGAACAGGAAUACUGGAGAGUGAAGUAGGGGUUCUGAAUUGCAACUUUACAGUCCAGGGACACCACCUGAAAUCACACAAAUUGACUAUUUCAUCCUUGAGAAAUAUCACAAACUUGUUUAAAAUUUAUACAGUAGCGUUCUUUUCGUUCCAGAGUACUAAUGUGCUGACAAGUGUGUAUGAUAAUUAUAUCUCGAAUCGAGCACCACAAGGGAACGAGACAUAAGCAAUCUAUAUCGACAGACUAUAUAACAUUCGCCGCGCAUAGCAGCAUACUUCAGAAUCUUCAUGGUAACACAACAACGCUAUAAAUUGUCACAUAUACUUAUUGAGCGAAGUAAAGAGUGCUCUCAUUAUCACAUUGACUACGUCAGCACACCCGCUUUGGUUUGGGGCUACACGUUAAGUGACAGUUUUUAUAAUUACAGACUGAAACAAGAAUGAAUGGCUAUUUCUCUAGGACGCAGUCGUCCGUCCUCAACCAAGGCAACCAUCACAAUUUCCAACCUACUACAGUAAGUGAGGGAUGCUAUGAUGAACCCAGGUCUACUGGCCUAUUCAUUUCACAUCCAGAAAACCUGAACCAGGCAAACAUGAAUAGUCAAGAGCUCUUUCGCGCCAACUAUAUGAAAGUCACAGAUGGAUUACCGAAUAAACAGCAAUUGGUAGAACAGCAACAUGAGGUAGAAAACAACUCUAGCAACAGUAUUGCUGAUCAAGCUGCGAGGGCUAUUAAUCAGAAGAUGACACCACAACAACAAUAUGUUCAGCAGCGGUCAAACGAUACACAGCCGAUUAUGUAUACGCAACAGUCUGUGACUGCAGUGCCAGCGUCGGCUAUGGCCUCGAAGCAGUUUAUGAUAGCCCAAAAGCACAUUACUUUACAGCGGUCAGUGAGUAUACAACAUUCAAUGUGCAUACCGCGAUCCGUAGACACACAGCAACCCAUGACGGUACAGCAACAUUUCAACAACAUGUACUCUCAGGCUGUAGGUGACGACCUUGUACAGUCCAGGCCCGAAAGCCUAGAGCAAAAUCUGAAAUUGGGUGGGCAGCAAAUGAUGGGUGUACAACAGCGCAUGAAUAGUCAACAGUCUGUGAAUGCUCAGCAACAAAGCAUGUAUACACAGCAGGUCAUGCAAACACAACAAACCAUGGAUCUACAGCAACGCAUAAAUUCACAAAAAGCAUUGAAUUUCCAGCGACGUUUAGGUUCGCAACAAUCAGUGAGUCCUCAGGUACAGGGAGGUGUCGCAGCAAAUUUGCAGGUACAAACUUUCAUGGAUAAUGUGGACCAAUAUUCAGAAAGGAUUCCAGAACAGCAGCAGUAUUCAAAUCUAACUGCUCAGCCAAUUGCGAAUUCACAAACAAUGCCAACUGGUGAGCAAAUGCACCGGCACCCGUAUCCUCAACAACUUCCUAACGAAGUAGCUGAUCCCAUGAUGGGACCCCACAACUCAAUGGCUAUUAAUGGUUCGGGUAAUUCACCCCACAAUUCUAUCACAGACGUAUGCAGCCCGAGCGCUAAUGGUUUUCAAGUAUCCAGCAAUGUACAUAUGGAAGCGGAUGUCAAUACCGAUAUAUUUAACACCAGUGUACUAGACUCUUCUGAGGUGAUGCAGAGUAAGGAGUCUCUAAUGCCUCAACAAAGGACUGCUCCUGUGGGGCUGAAGGUGAAACGUAAGCGGUCUGUGAACAGCAAUGUAUAUAGUAGUCAGGAAGGUGAUAUUGCUCAAAGAGGACCUCAAAAUCCAAACAUGGGUCAAGGGUACUAUCAGCAAGGUGCCAUCGGUUCAUAUUCCAUGCCGUCCAUUUACGGGUGCGACGACACUCGGCUGACCCGUCACUACAGCAUAGAAUCGGCCAAUACAGUAGACAUCAAUAACAUGUCACAUAAUAUGUCAAACAUGCAAGUAGCUGGAAAGUGGAUCACAGAACCAUUGCAGCACUCUGCAUCAAGCACAGAUCUGUAUCCAGCUACCGCGAACAUGUUCAACAACGCUUCGUCACCAAUUUCCAUAGCGCCUAACAACAUACGCAAACAGUGGGCGUCACGCUCUAUAUCAGUUCAGGGGAGUAGUUUUAUACCAGCCGAUCAGAGCCGCAGUUGGGAGCAGAUGAGUGCCGCGCAAGUGGGGACGAGCUUCGGUUCGCCCCUGAAGUCCGGCAUGAAGAUGAAGAGCCACGGAGGAGGUCGCGUGCUGACACGCCACUCGUCGGUGGAUUCAGGUAAUAGCUAUCAGUCAUCGGCAGUUCCGUAUGCGAUUGUGGCGGGGUAUGGCAGCCCGUACCAUGUGGCACCCGUGCAGCCGCAGAAGAGCGUACGCGAUCUCUCGAAGUCCCCAGUCACUUGCAAGUGGCUGCUGGAGAAUUACGAGCCCACGGAAUAUACUGAGGACACGAUCAUUCGGGGUGAGCUGUACGAAGCAUAUCAAAGGGAUACGGCAGACAACGGCGACUCCACAUGCCAGGCAAGUUUCGGUAAGAUUCUGAAACUGGUUUUCCCUACCGUGAGACCGAGACGCCUGGGAACACGUGGACAGUCUAAGUACCACUACUGCGGUAUCCGUCGUAAAGGCACUGGACCCCCUUCCAAGCUUGCUAUACUAACGAUGGCUGCUCACAGCGGUCAACCGGAAAUGUCGCAAGCACAGUUGGCGCAGGCAUUCGCUAUAGAGCAGAUCAAAUAUUUGUCGGAAACCUCGCAAGCCAGGCAGUUGUCGACAGAAAGAGUACCUAGCACGCAUGGUGUAAACGGAUCGAACACUGACUCCGAUAAUAUAUCUGCUUAAGAAAGUGGAGGUGGCCAAAAGUCACAAAGCAGUAUUAUGGGGUUUUCAAUAUAUAUAUAUACCACUUCUAGCGAUUAGGAACCCAUGAAGUAGAAAAAGGGUUAACGUUCACGACCUCAAUUGUAUUGAGCUGAGCGGUGGUAUAUGGCGCUUGCGCAAAAAAAUCGAAAAGCAUUUCGCCUUUGUUUUAUCUAAGAAAGCAUCAUCAGUAGAUAGGUAAAUGCCCAUGAAGUAGAAACUAUACAUAACUUUAACAUUGUACAUAAUGAAAACAUAAGGCUAUGCACAUCUGCACAAAUAAACACGUGUACGCGAGGCUUCAUAUUGGAUAUGGGUCUGUACAUUUGCAAUUAAAAACCGGCUCCCAUCUUAUCUGAAUCGAGCUGCUGUCCUUACCAAUCGAUUAUCUCAUAGCAUACCAUAAGAAACUGCAACGUCUUUAAAAGUAUACAUGUAAUUUAUUACGAUAAAAAUAAACUCAAGGACUGCUAAAUGAAGGCAUACAAGCGAAGGGA